AUGGGUUUAAGGUUUAAGGAUUAUCCCAAAUUCCUUUUACAAGGAAGAUAUUAUCCGCCGGCGCACUUCACUCUAAAAAUAGAGUCUUUUUCACUCAUGGUUAAAUCCUCAAUACACGAAUACAUUUCGAAUAAAUUUAGAGUUGGGGGCUACGAUUGGAAAUUGCAUAUACAUCCCAAUGGAAAAACUGAUAAAGGAGGGAAUAAUUGCAUCUCCUUAUAUAUAGAGGUGGUUGAUACAGCAUCUUUACCCCCUGGUUGGGAAAUAAACGCUGUGAUAAAUUUCUUUGUGUAUGAUCAUAUAAGGCACAUGUAUUAUACUAUCCCAGCUUCAGAUUCAAAAGUAGUGUGUUUUCAUCCGUUUAAGAGACAAUGGGGCAUCUCUAGAUUCAUUGGUAUUGAUACCUUUAAUUCUUCCAACGGUUACCUUGUUGACGACCAAUGUGUUUUUGGUACGGAGGUUAUGAUUAUCGAAAAAGCUUCCAAAGAGGAGUUUUUGUUUCUAUUGGAGGAAAAUGCUAAUUUUAGUGGCUCCUAUAUUUGGAAAAUUAAAUCUUUUGAUUGUCUUUUGCAUGAGCUCUACGAGUCUGAUACCUUUACUAGUGGUGAUUUUAAAUGGAAAUCACAACUUUAUCCCCAAGGGUAUGGGGAUGGUAAAGGGAAUAGUAUCUCGGUCUUUCUAUGCCUGGAUGAGUCGACUCUUCCAAAAGAUUCCAAAGUCUAUGUCAAGUAUAAGUUUUGCUUACUAAACAAGGACCAAAACUUGAAUUUUGUGUUUAUAGAUUAUCUUUAUAUUGAUGCUUUGUCUCUAUCUUGUGGCCGUAGUCAGAACAUGGGAUUGGAUAAACUACAGGAUGCAGCAAAUGGAUUUUUAGUGGAUGAUUCUUGUUCUAUUGAAGUUUAUGUUACCAUUCUAGGGAUGGUGAAAAACACAUCUACAUGA